AUGGGAUCGCUGCGGGGCGCGGCAGCCCCCUCCCCCUCCCCGGCGCCGCGCGCGGGCGACCUGGUGACCACGCAGGUUAGCCUGGGCGGAUUUGACGCCACCGUCAAGGCGCUCGAUCUCGCCGACUUUCUCGAGUUGAAGGCGGGCUUGGUCUGGCGCUGCCGCGUCAAGACCUCCUGGACCCCGCCGGACGCCUAUCCCGACUUCCUUCUCCCCACCGUCACCUCCGCCGCCGCGCAGCCGCCACAGUACGAUCGCGUGCCUCCGCACGCCUUCGUCCACUUUGCGCGCCCGGAGGGAGCGCGCGCCGCCGCCGACGCAGCGGGGCGGUCCGAGCUCAUCCUCUCCGGGAAACCCCUGCGCGCCGCCUCCGCGCAGGAGAGCUCCCUUCGGGCCUCCCGCCGCCGCAGUGUCUCGCCAGUCCGCUUCCCUGGCUCGCGCCUCGAGGUCGGGGAUCUCCCGGCCAAGGACGCCUUCCUCGCCGCCUGGCGCGGCCCGGCCUCUGGGCUCGAGUUCUCCGUCGAUCCGUUCGACGGGUCUUGCCGCCUCAUCUUCGCCCGCGACACCGCAUUCAAAGUCCGGGAGUUCCGCGAGUCUGUGGUCAUGCGCUGCGACGUCAAGCUCGAGUUCCCCGUCCGCGACGUCGCCGAAGUCAGGGUGUUCCGGCUCGACUGCUCGCUGCUGAUCCGGCUGUCGGCGGCACCGCUGGUUUAUUACCGCACAGCGGAUGACGACAUCCACGAGUCCGUGCUGUUCGACCUGCUCGACGACGAUGACCCGUGGAUACGGACCACGGACAUCACUCCCAGUGGCGCGAUUGGGCGGUGCGGCGCGUAUAGAAUCACAUUCUCGCCGCGGUUCUGGCCAAAGAUGGAACGCGCGCUGGCGUACAUGAGGGAUAGGAGGGUGCCAAUAGUUGAUUGCGGUGGUGGGUGGGGGCCCAGGAGGGGCCUCACCGUGCGUGAUGAGCCUGAGUUUGGGGAGCCAAUGCAGGACCUGUUCUUCUGCGUGCAGCACGCCGAGGGUCUAAAGUUUCCGGUGUUGUUCCUCGUGAAUGCUCUGGUGCACAAGGGAGUAAUAAAUCAACACCACCUCACGCCUGAAUUCUUCGGUUUGCUCCAGAGGAAGGAGGAUGAUGUGAAUGUGGCUGCUUUGAAAGAAUUUUGGGGGGGCAAAUUUCCAGUUUUUGAUGCAUGUGGCAGGCUGAAGAAUCUGCAAGAUAGGGUUGCCAGGUACCCCAAACUUCUUCGCAACAAGAUUGGGGAUGACAAUUCAGAGGUGAGGAGGCUGGUAGUCACGCCCACCAAGGCUUAUUGCCUGCCACCAGUUGUGGAGCGCUCUAAUCGUGUCAUCCGGCAUUAUCGUGAAGUCACAGACAGGUUUCUCAGGGUUACUUUUAUGGACGAGGGUAUGCAGCAACUGAACAGUAAUGUGCUGAAUUUCUCCGCUGCGCAAAUUGUCAAAGAUUUGAUGUCAAACUCGUUCCUGCAUAAGACAACAGUGUACAAGCGUAUUAAAACAUUUUUGACAGAGGGAUUCCACAUGUGUGGCAGGAAGUACUCAUUUCUUGCAUUCUCAUCAAACCAGCUGAGGGACAGGUCAGCUUGGUUCUUCGCAGAGGACAGAAUGAGAACAGUGGAAACCAUUAGGAAAUGGAUGGGGCGGUUCACAAGUAAGAAUGUAGCAAAGCACGCUGCUCGGAUGGGGCAGUGCUUCUCAUCUACAUAUGCUACAGUGGUGAUGCAGCCGCAUGAGGUGAAUGAGUGUCUCGAGGAAGUUGAACGCAAUGGGUACAUUUUCUCUGAUGGAAUUGGCAAGAUUACGUGCGACCUUGCACUUGAAGUUGCUCAGAAGCUGCAAUUGACAGAUAAUCCCCCAUCCGCUUACCAGAUUAGGUAUGCAGGCUUCAAGGGUGUUAUAGCUGUCUGGGAAGGAGAAAAUGAUGGGAUACAACUUUCCCUGAGGCCGAGCAUGCACAAGUUUGAGUCUAACCAUACUGUGUUAGAGGUGGUCUCAUGGACAAAGUUUCAGCCAGGAUUUUUAAAUCGUCAGAUUAUUACAUUACUGUCCUCCUUGAAUGUCCCGGAUGCUAUCUUUUCUCAAAUGCAGGAAGCCAUGUUAUCUAAUCUCAAUAAUAUUUUGUCAGACACUGAUGUUGCUUUUGACAUUGUAACCACCUCUUGUGCUCAGCAAGGAAACACUGCAGCACUGAUGUUGAGUGCUGGCAUUUCACCUGGAACUGAGCCACACCUGAAAGCAAUGCUGUUAGCUAUAAGGUCCUCACAGCUACUGGGUCUUCUGGAGAAGACAAGGAUUUUUGUGCCCAAGGGGAGGUGGUUGAUGGGCUGCCUUGAUGAACUUGGGAUCCUUGAGCAAGGACAGUGCUUUAUCAUGGCGUCAUCUCCAUCACUCAAUAAUUGUCUGGUAAAGCAUGGACCAAGAUUUUCCUCAGCAAACAAAAAUGCAGAGACCAUUGUGGGUACUAUCGUAAUGGCAAAGAAUCCAUGCCUUCAUCCAGGGGAUGUCCGGAUCCUUGAAGCUGUUGAUGUGCCUGAACUGCAUCACCUUGUUGAUUGCUUGGUCUUCCCCAAGAAAGGUGAGAGGCCACAUGCCAAUGAAGCAUCUGGGAGUGAUCUUGAUGGGGAUCUCUACUUUGUGACAUGGGAUGAAAACCUUAUACCACCUGGCAAAAAGAGUUGGAACCCUAUGGACUACUCCCCAACUGAAGCAAAACAACUACCUCGUGCAGUAUCCCCACAUGAUAUUGUUGAUUUCUUCUUGAAGAACAUGGUAAAUGAGAAACUGGGUCCAAUAAGCAAUGCUCAUGUUGUUCACGCUGAUAUGAGCGAGUAUGGAGCAAUGGAUGAGAAGUGCAUUCAGUUGGCAGAACUAGCAGCAACUGCUGUGGACUUCCCCAAGACAGGCAAAAUUGUGUCAAUGCCACCAUCCCUUCGACCAAAAUUAUAUCCUGACUUCAUGGGAAAGGAGGAUGCCAUCUCCUAUAAAUCAGAGAAGAUCCUUGGAAGGCUUUAUCGGUCAAUCCAAGAAGCCUCCAGUGGUGAUUUGGUUCCAGAAGAAACUUGCACGUUAAACGAUUUGCCUUAUGAUGCAGAUAUGGAAGUUCCUGGUGCAACUGAUUUUCUCUCAAGUGCUUGGGAGUGCAAGUGCUCAUAUGAAACACAACUGAAUGCACUGCUCAACCAAUAUGGCGUGCGCACUGAAGCAGAGCUUGUUACAGAGCACAUAUGGUCGCUUCCCAAAUACAGCAGCAGAAAGCAGGGGGACAUAAAGGAGAGGUUGAAGAAUGUAUACUCUGCUCUCCACAAGGAGUUCAGGAGCAUUUUCGAAAGCUUUGUGACAGAUCAAACUGAGAUCUCUGAUGAUGAGAAAAUUCGGUUUUAUGAGAUGAAGGCCUCUGCAUGGUACCAGGUAACCUACCACCCCAAAUGGGUCCAAAAAUCAAGGGAAAUGCUCAAACCUGACUGUGAGGACAUGCCAGCAAGGCUUAGCUUUGCAUGGAUUGCAGUCGAGCACCUGGCACGGAUUAAGAUAAGGUGCCAUGGAGAAGUGAAAGUGGACAGCCGAAGGCCCGUUGAGAGGCUCGCAGCCUACAUAUCUAGGAGCAUGUGA